AAGCUCGAAUCGAUUUGCUGUGACGCUGAGGAGAGGCGAGAACAGUGGAGCUGCGUCUGGUAAGAAAACGUCAGAGCGUCUUAUUAUAAAACAUCCCUGUUACAAAGUCGGCUACACAUACGCACGCAUUAUUUCGUUACACCACAUUGCCAGAGGUCCCAGCCAUGUCGAACAAGGAGGAAAAGCCCGCAGACCAGAACCAGUCAACCUGGAAGGAUUUUGUCUUCAACCCGCGCAGCGGCGCGUUUAUGGGGCGCACAGCCAGUAGUUGGGCUCUGAUUCUUCUCUUCUACCUAGUCUUCUAUGGUUUCUUAGCUGGACUUUUUACACUCACUAUGUGGGUCAUGCUUCAAACACUGGAUGACAAUGCUCCAAAGUAUUGUGACAGAGUCCCGAGUCCAGGGCUGGUAAUCAGGCCAAAGACCCUGGAUAUAGUGUAUAACAGAUCUGACUCCUCAAAGUAUAGCCACUACGUUCAGCAUCUUGAGUCAUUUUUACAGCAGUACAAUGAUAAAGAUCAAGAUAAAAAGCAACCAUGCCUUUCUGGGAGCUACAAUAUACAAGAUGAUGAGACACUUCCCAAAAAAUCGUGUCCGUUUAAACGCAGUCUGCUGGGACAGUGUUCUGGAUUACAUGAUCCCAGUUUUGGCUACUCAGAGGGAAAACCUUGUAUACUUGUGAAAAUGAACAGAAUUAUUGGACUCAAGCCAUCAGGGGAUCCUUACAUUAAUUGCACUGUUAAGAAAGAAGGUAGUGAUUUUAAUAUGCUGUAUUUUCCUGCAACUAAGAAUUUCGAUCUUAUGUACUUUCCAUAUUAUGGAAAAAAAGCUCAUGAAACAUACGUGCAGCCUUUGAUUGCUGUAAAACUGAUGCUUGAAAAGAAAGAUUAUGAUAAUGUAAUAACAUUGGAGUGCAAGAUAGAGGGAUCAAGUAACCUGAAAAACAAUGAUGAACGGGACAAGUUUCUGGGACGAGUGAUUUUCACUGUUAAAAUUACUGAGUAGCCAAAGCUGGAGGUCUGCACGGUGCCAACAUUUGUGUUGUCAUUUAAUUUUUAUCAACUGGACCUGCCAUUCUAGGACAUAAGACCACUUUGAAAGAGGGAUUGGAGUUAGGUGGCAUUCAUGGUAGCAUGAUGAUUUGCUUCCAGGUAUUAGUUUUUAAUCCGUUGGACCAGAACAUGAACUUAUUAAGACAUCGUGCCGUAUUAGGGACCUGUAAAUAGCUGUACUUCAACCGUUUAGUAACGUGGUCUUUUUUCUAUUGUGAUGUAGAUUUUAUCCCCACUGAGUGUUGUUUUUUUUGCUGUUUCUAUGUACAUAUUGAAUGGAUUUAACACUGGUUUACCUGUCAUAUUCCACAAGGUCAGAACAUUUAAGGGAUCAAAUGAAAAAAUAAAUAAAAUGAAAACAAAAAAGAUAAAAUGCUAUCUGGCCAAUGUGUUUAAAUGAUUUUAUAACCUCUGCUAGAAUAUUUAUUUGUGCAGAUGCUUUAAGACCUGUAUGGAAAAAAAAAUCUUAAAAUAAAAGUGAUUUUAAACAAAAAA